CCACAACAUACAAGGUAUCGAGGUCCACACACAUUAUAUUAUAUGAUGUAGAAAGAGCCACAGCAACUUCUAAUUGUUCUUCUUCGCAUAAAAUUCAAGUCAUUCAUACAAGUCCACCAUCUUCCCCUUUGAUACGAUGGUCCCCCCCGCACCCGACCUCGAGAAUGAAAUCUCGAACUCAGUCGAUAAGCUGCAGAAGCUGUACCCGGGCGAAUUGGAUGCAAAGAAACACCUAUACUUGCCUCAUGGCAAGUAUGCAUUCGCCGCUAAACACACAUUCCAUGGAAAGAAUAAAAAGCAAAUAGGCCAUCUCUCAGGGCACGCAUACCGUAUAAACGUCCGAAGUGGCGUUAUUGCUGGACAUAAUGUUACCUGUCUCUGGAAAACUUGGGAUGUUUCUAAAUCAUGGAGAGAGUUCUUUCAAGAGUUAUACUUCUACUCUCAUCCACAGCUUUUGAGAUGGCUUCAAGGAAUCGUCGUUCCACACGUAAUUGGCGUACAUGAUGGAUCUAAUGGACAAAAAAGUAUUUUCAUGGAACCACCCCAUCACAUAUCCUGGCAUACGGCACAUCUAGGAUUGUCCAUUGGCGAGAAACAGGCAGUUAUUCGAGCUUAUCAAACCUUGCAUGCACACGGUAUCCUGCACAAUAACAUCGGCGCCCAUAACAUAUGCAUAGAUCAAGAUAUGAACGUUAUUCUACUAAACUUUGAAAAAGCCUGCUGCUUGAAAGACAAGGGAAUAGACGAAGUCCCCGGGUGUGAUCAGGAGGCGUUGGUGCGAGAAAUGCGACAAGUAAAAUACUUGAUUUCCUACAUGGAUGCGAGGCUUAUUGAAAACGGCAUCAUUACAACCUCACAAGCUUAUACCGGUGAACGACAGACCCAGGCGCUCAAUCUCGACGAUUCUAUUCGCUGGCUUAAACAUGUUGAAAACACCCAUACCAUCCCGAUCGAGAUGCGUCAUCGGCCAAUUCCCAAUGAUGGACGUAGAAAACCAAAGAAAAAGGUCAAAGCUGGAGCAGUCAGUCAAUGGGAAUCAGGGGGGCUUGCGCAAGAUACUGGUGAUUCUGGAUUCUAUAGUGAACCGAUUGUGCUUCCCAUUCUUCCGCCGCCUGCCGAAUCGUCAUCCUCCGCAAUCAUGGCUACGCCUUCGCUACAAUUAGACCCUCCUGCAGCUAUACACGAUCUCUUUUCCGUAAAUCAGCUUCCACUACCAAAUCCUGGUGCUGCACUGCCUUCUACUUGUCCCGAAGAGGACAUUUAUCGUACGCAGGACAGGGAUAUCGAUGUGCAGCUUCCGCCGUUCCAAUCUGAUCUUGAAGGCUUUCAAACUGUAUCAAGAGGCCUGCAUGGUAUCCCUGUCCACUCGUCAUCAGUCUCUCCCUGUACCCCUACCCUAUCACUGCUCCCAAGUACACCCAAUUCGGACACCUCGGAGCGAAUUUCACAAACACCUCUAUCUUGCCCACCUUCGUCUACUCAUCUUCAAAGUCGCACCUCCGUUCCGUAUGUCGACCAACCACCUUCACCUAAGGUGUUCUGCGACCUCACACACGAGCAACUUCGCCUCGCAAUAAAGCACCACAACGUCGAUGUAGACGCUAGAUUAUCAUCGCGCGCUGCAAUAACCACAGACAAAAACAACGUCGUAUUUCACCCCGACACCAAUGACAAUGGCACAUACGCUACGGGAAGCGAUCCCUUUCGCAAGCGGAAGAAAAGACUGGCGACCUACCCCCUUUUUCUUGGAAGGCUCUACUCGACUGAGGACGAGGAAGAUGAAAUGCCUGAGCCUGAGGUCGACGUCGAUUUCGAAGAACUCGUCGAGUCAGCUCAUCUCGCCAAACUCAGAGGGCGCCGACGUAUGUCACGUUCUGCUGUGAUACCCGACAUGGUUCUCACCAAACCCGUGUGGCCUGAUCCAGAGGCAAAACAUCUCACCCAACGAAGUCCUACCACACCAUCUUCACCAGCAUUGUCCUCGAUCAGCGAGGAAGAGAGUUCUGGCGAUACUCCAGGAGUUUGGAAGCUCCCCGUACCUGCGUUCAUGUUAAUCAAGUCGUCUGUGGCGAGGCAGCCACAGGCUCAGAAACUCCGAGUAGAACAGGUCCCUCAGCUGCGAGGCCAUUCUCUAACAAAUUACUGCUCUCUGCGGACACUAAAUCAGGACACACAAAGUCGAUCUUCCAAGAAGCGGGAUAUCGACUGCGUGGAAGGGAUUGAAUGUUUGGAACGGACGUCGAAGCGUGCACGCCAGGACCAAUCAACGCUUAGCUCAUGCAUCAUAUGUUAGAUCAUACUCAAGUCGGACCACUCAGCCCUUAAUAAUUAUUCUUUCGAUAUUGGUAGUACUUUACAAUCAAAUGUACAAUCACGGGUAGAAGAUCAAUUGUAAUUCAAGUUUCAUAUCUUGUAGCUCUUCA